AGAUCAAACCUAAAUAAACAUCAACAAUGAAACACAGAUUAUUGUUAUUAAAUUAAUUAAAUAUCAAAAUGGUUAAAUAGAAAAUGGAAACAAUAUGCAUAAUUCUGUAAAAUAGGUACAUUUCAUAUCAAAGUACCAGUAAUCUUGAGGGUAGAUCGAGGUAGUCUCCAACGGGUCUCACAAUCAGCAAGUUAAUGGAAAGCAGCAGCAACACGGGGACCGGGCGACAGUCGCGCUUGCUCGGCAGACUGCUCGGCAAGCUGCGCGGCGAGCAUCGCUACUCUGCUCUCGAUAAGAACUUCUCAUUUACUUCCACCGGCAUGAGUGAAAGCGUGGGCUGCGGCAGCACGAACGAAGAAGAAGAAGUGGAAGCUCCCAGAGCUGGCGUGUCCACGCCCACCAUAGAUGAUGCGCAGUUCGCGGCUAACAUUGACCUUAGGUACGGCGGCCAGUACUUGACUCCGGAGCAGUUACCAGAGUUCUGCAACCAACUUCACCAUUUGGUAGAGGUGAUCAGGAACAUACAGUCUUAUGGAAAAGUCACUGGAGAGUAUCCCAGCGAGCUAGAGCGUCGCUUAGAGCAGGAAGCGCGUGAGGUGGCAGCGCUCGCGAGCGAAGCGCGCAACGCUCAAGAAGCGGCGUCGCGAGCGCGCUUGCAGCGACGAGCGUUGCACGCUGAGCGAGCGUCGCUCGUCGCUCAUCUCGCUAAGCUGAGGGACACUGAAGUGCGGGAGCUCGAGAGUUCAGUGCGCAUGUCGGAUCGCAAGCUAUACAAAAGCUGGGAGGCUUUGCGCGACGCCACGGACCCUGCCGCCUUCGAACCAUUGCUGGAGGAAGUUAGAACUAAACAAACAGCUCUGGAAUGCCUAGUCCGGCUGAUAGAGAGUCGUCAAGCCAGCAUGUCCCGCACGCCCACGCUGCAUCCGCUCCCGGCGCCAUCCAAUGACGAUGAAGAUUCGCUACAAAUAGGAAGCGUGCGCAAGCGACAGGAAAGUCGCCGCUCGACCAAGCGUAAGAGAAAAGAAUAUUCCAGAGAAGCAAGAUCCGUGCCUUUGUCCAGCGAACCCAGCCGCCACAGCCCACAACAGGUAACCCUGUUCAUCCAAGGGAGUGAAUGCGCGUCCAGGCUGGGUACGGGCAGUACGGGAGCCGUGACUCUACGUUCUGUGGAAUUGCCUCAGCGUGGAAGCGGCAGUGUUAGAGACAUACUGUUCUUUACCACUGACUGAAGCUCCUUGAUUAUAUUUCAAAUAAAGCUGCAUAUUCUUCCUUA